AUGGCCGACCAGAGCUCCCCGCCCGGCAAUCAUUCCGGCUCGGAUGACUUAUUAGAGCAAUUUCAUCCAGCUUUCGAAUUCCUCACCAACGCCGACGUAGACGAUGACGAUAUGGAUUUCGAUCCUGAGACGGGUGCAACAAACCCAUUGAUAUAUUUCGACGUUGGUGUAGCCGACGAUGACGACGUCGAUGAUGUUGAUUAUGAAGUUGAAGAGGACGAGGAUGAUGACGAUGAUUAUGAAGACGAGGAUGAGGGGCCAAUUGUUGUUGGACGAGGGAGUGCCGAAGACGAUGAGAGAAUUCUGACGAUGGGUGCUAUGAUUGCCCAACAAACGGCAGACCAGGAGGAGGAUGAGGAGGACCAAGAAGAGGAAGAAGAGGAGGAGGAGGAGGAAGACCCCCGACAAUCAGAAGGAGCGAGAAUGUUACGACUACUCAAUGCCAGAGGUCUUCAAGCACUCCUUCGAUCGCACGGUCUAUUCGCCGGCGGUGCUUAUCUAGUUCGUGGAGGGGGCGACGACGACGGAUCCACUCGAUUCCAACGGCGGCAACGUGCGGCGCGACAUCCUCCUCCAAAGGUGCCCAGUGAGAAUGGAAUAGCAUUGAUGAAUUCUGGCUUCUAUGGCAACAGUCCGAGCUAUGCGGACGAAAGGAGGAGGCGCAAGAAGAAAUUGGCGACGAGGAUUAUGUGGCGUGAACUUGGAAUUGGUGCGCUAGGAGAAAGAAGACGGGAUGCACGAUUGGUAUUUCAGGACUUGAUACCCUCAACCAAGCCAGAAAAAAUCAUACACUUGGACGAACGGUGCUAUUCCGGCCAGUUCUCAGACGACGGCAACUUCUACUUUUGUUGUACUCAGGAUUUCAAAGUGUACAUGUACGAUACGUCCAAUCCGCAUGACUGGGAAUACUACAAGACAGUCCGAUUCAUUGGAGGAAAUUGGACGAUAACAGACGCCUCGCUCAGCCCUGAUAACAAAUGGCUCGCCGUCAGCUCGAUUCAGAGACAAGUGACACUUGCACCCACAGAUCCCAAUGACAAAUCCGAUCCUAUAGUACUUGAUUUUGCACCUCGUCGAAGACAACAUCACAAUCGAUUUGGAAUAUGGUCUCUCCGCUUUUCCGGUGACGGUCGAGAAAUCGUCGCCGGUACAGGCGCUCCCAGCGUCAUUGUGUAUGAUAUCGAAAAGCAAACCCCAGUAUUGGAAUUGGAGAAACACGAAGAUGAUGUCAAUGCAGUAUGUUUUGGCGAUUCUUCAUCGCCGCAUAUCUUAUAUUCUGGUUCGGACGAUACGACAAUCCGAGUGUGGGAUCGACGCUCUAUGAAUGACAGUCGCGAAGCCGGCGCCUUUGUAGGUCACACCGAAGGCUUAACCUACGUCGACAGCAAGGGAGACGGUCGGUACGUUCUCUCAAACGGUAAAGACCAGUCGAUGAAACUAUGGGACCUUCGUAAAAUGGUCACAACCGAAGCAUUUGACAAAAUCAAUCUCAGCAAAUACUCCACUGGUUUCGACUACCGAUACACACCCAUUGGCGGUAUCGACUAUACACCACAUCCGCACGACUGCUCCGUCGUGACCUAUCGCGGUCACAAGGUGCUGAGGACUUUAAUACGAUGUCAUUUUUCGCCGCCAGCUAGCACGAAUUCCCGAUAUGUCUAUAGUGGUAGCUACGACGGCAAAGUUUAUGUAUACAAUAUUGACGCCACGUUAGCUGGUGUCAUAGACGUGGAUGCUGCUGCAAUGGCCGGUAGGGAUCCACGCGAGAGAGACGCAUUUUCGCAGUAUGAUAUGGGCAUGCUCGACGAUGCUUAUGGCACGGUUGUGCGGGAUCAUCGUGCUGGAAUAGCAACGGAGAAUCCGCCGGGUCCUGCUCAAUUCAUUCUUGGAACGAUUCAGCCUCGGAUGACGAAGGAGAGCCAGCCAUGGGCUCGGAGUUUGAUGUAA